ACAAAAUGGCGGCCGGCCGGGCGGGCGGCGGGCCUGGAGGGAGCCAGGGACCAACCUGAGAGCAUCCAACCGCAGCCAGCACCGACCUCCCUCAACAAGCUUUGAUCGUGACUAGUGAACAAUGGUACCUCAACUCUCCACCAUUAAAGACCCAGGUGAAUGGAUCCUGGAUAGUAGAAGCUUCAGCCUUUGGGAGGUUCUUGACCCAUACUCAUGCAUCAAUCAUGGUUGUGUACCUUAAGUAAUAUGCAUAAGUGAGAAAAGACCAGUUCUGGAAUACGUUAUCUCAAGGAUGUCCUUCUGAACUUGAUGACUUUUCAACAAAGACAUAACAUUUAAAACUACUGCUCAAUGGACACCGUAGUGGGCAUUUAUACUUGCUGAAAUAUUUAAUGUCUCUUUCUCAUUGCCACUGAAAAUUGUGCUUGCAGAGACUUGAUAUGAGAACAGUGACUGUCAAAAUAAAUACAAGGUGCUGGGAGUACUUGGAAGAUCUGUCAGCAUCUGAGAAAGAGAAGGCAAUUCAUGGUUCGAGUGGAUACGCUUUGUCAGAUGUUGUAGUUGGAAGAGUCAUUGUGGGAAUACUGCCUUUGGCAAAACACUUUGCUGAAAUCUGGGCGAUAUUGGCAGCAUUGGCAUGACCAUGGCAGAAGAGCACAAGGACAAACAGCAAAGUCAGAAAAAAGUCAGCCAGACUUAUCACAGCUCAGCGCAUUCCCAGUCUCUGCUGGAUGGACUAGUUGCACUUCGGAACAGUGCAAGUUUAUUUGAUGUCACCCUAAUUGUAGAGGGGAAGUCCAUUGAGGCUCACCGCAUACUCCUGGCAGCAUCAUGUGACUAUUUUAGGGGGAUGUUUGCUGGUGGGCUGCGGGAGAUGCAGGAGAAGGAGAUAUUUUUACAUGACAUAACCUAUAUGGCUAUGUGCAAAAUCUUGGAUUUCAUCUACACUUCUGAGAUGGAGCUGAACCUGAAUAAUGUACAGGAUGUGCUGGUGGCUGCUUGUCAGCUGCAGAUUCCUGAAGUCAUCGAUUUCUGCUGUGACUUCCUCGUGUCUUGGAUCGAUGAUGAGAACAUUAUUGAGCUGUACAGGCUGGCUGAGCAUUAUAGUCUGACCCAGCUGAGCAACAAGAUUGAUUUGUACAUCCUCCAGAACUUUCUGAAUAUCAGCAAGACUGUGACCUAUCGCCGGCUGCCCCUGGCCAAGGUGCAGAGCCUGCUGAGCAGUGAUAAGCUGCAUGCUAACUCUGAGAAUGAGGUCUAUGAGGCUGCUUUACUUUACCACUACAGCCAGGAGGAGAUUGACAAGGACCAGGUCUCCCUGCACGACCCACCAAAGCUCCUGGAGAUGGUCCGUUUUGCACUGAUUGAACAGCACACCUUCCAGAAACUGUACAACCGGCUGAGUCCCUGUCCUCUCAAGGAGGUCUUGGCAGAUGCCCUGGCUUAUCAUCAAAACGAAAUCCUGCAGCCUGUGCUGCAGACCCCUCAGACACAACUGAGGUCAGAGUUCCAUUGUGUGGUAGGAUUUGGAGGCAUGUACUCCUCCCAGGACGAAGACUUGAGUGAUGAGGUUAAGUUUCUGAACCCAUUGACCCAGGAAUGGCGAACUCUGACUCAGGCACAGAUGCCAAAGAUGUCGAACCAGGGCAUCGCUGUUUUAAAUAAUUUUGCGUAUCUGGUGGGUGGAGACAACAACACGUCCGGGUACAGAGCAGAGGUGAGCUGCUGGAGGUAUGACCCACGGCACAAUAGGUGGACCCGGAUCCAGUCACUGCAGCAGCCACAUGCUGACCACUGUGUGUGUGUGGUAGGUGAGUACCUGUAUGCCAUAGGAGGCCGAGACUAUCACCAGGAGUUAAACGUGGUGGAACGUUAUGAUCCCCGCUUAAAUAGUUGGGAAUAUGUGGCACCGCUGGAAAAAGAGGUGUAUGCACAUGCAGGAGCAGUGCAUGCAGGCAAGAUAUACAUAGCCUGUGGAAGAAGUGGAAGAAGUUACUUGAAGGAGCUGCACUGCUACGAUCCAGAGGCAAACCAGUGGGAAAUGAAGGCCAGUGCCCCUGUGGAACGGGCUUGGCAUGGAAUGGCUGCAGUCCAAGGCCAGCUGUACCUCCUCGGUGGCAGCAACAAUGCCAAUGGAUACAGGCAGGAUGUCAUGCAGGUUUCCUGUUACAGCCCUGAGCGAGACCAGUGGUCAACAGUUUCCGAAAUGCCCUUUGGUCAUGGGGAACCAGGCAUUGCUGUCUUGGAUGACAGAAUCUACAUCCUGGGCGGGAGGUCGCAUGACCGUUACACACGCACUGACUACGUCCACAUAUACAACGUGACAGAACACUGCUGGGAGCAAGCUCCAGAUAUUGAGUGUGCCAAUUCUGGGAUGUCCUGCUGUGUCCUGACCCUCCCAAGACAGGUGGUGGAGGACUGGGGGGGUCAGACUCCCCGAAAACCUUCUGAGCGUGCUUGCCGCCGUGCCUACAUGCUUCCUGAAGUAGUCGGCCUGUCUGACUUUGAGGAGUUCAGUUCCAGUGAAGACUGAACAUUGGGUUAAAUAGGCUGGACUGUUGAACGUUCUGUUCUCAAUGUGGCACAUCCUGUGGAUAACUGCCUUGUCCAUUUUGUUUCUUUUCCCGGUUUUCUCAGACUUGCUACUGAAGGUUCUGCUUUGUGCUGAGGCAUUGCAGAGGGGCCAGGGGAUUGCGAAGGUGUCACAGGAACAGGCAGUUUCUCCUUACCUUCCCUCAUGUACCCUUGUCCAAGUGGCUGUUCUUGAGUAGACAUGUGUAUGUUGACAAGCUCUAGGAUCUUCCUCUAAACCUGACAAUGUCAUCAGGCUACAACAGGAUCCUGACACGACCACUACCCUUCCUAAUCUAAGGUCAAAUGUCAAGGUCCAAACUUAGAAUUGCUAUCUCAGUAUAGCAAACCUGGCAAUAUAUGAUUUGCAUGAGUUUGUACCAUAUCAUAUGUCAUUGGGAACUUGAUUUAAUCAGUUUGCUUUCUUCAAUAUUAGGAGGUCCAGCUGUAAGCUAGACAACAAAUUCAUCCAUCUCCAUUCUCUCUGUCUCACGCACCUUUCAUUCCCAUUUAAUAAUACUGCUUUGAUUAGUUCAGCCUUGUGGACAGAAGGUUGGAAUCUUCUCAAAUUAAAGCAAAUUACUGCAGAUACUGGAAAUCUGAAGUAAAAAGAGAAAAUACUGGAGAAACAAUCUGGCUAGCAGCAGCUGUGGGGAGUGAAACAGUUAAUAGCUGAAGAAGUGAUAUUGGACUCAACAUUAACUCUUGUUUCACUCUCUGCAGAUGCUGCUAGACCUACUGUGUUUCUCUAGUAUUUUCUCUUUUCAUUUGAAUUAUCUCCCUGAACUCUCACUUUGAUUACAUUCAUUCCGUUUUUCUCCCCAGGAAUCUGCACACCUCCAUUGGCUUUCUCAUUCCCCUACACAGCACACUCCAAAAAGACCCAAGCUAUCAGUCUUGCCCAGAUUCAGAGGCUGGUGGACCCAGGUCCUGCUCACAGUGCUUUAUGCUGAAUACAGGGAGUGCUGCAUUGACAGAACUUAAACCAAGGUUCAGUCUGUCAUCAGGACAGCUGUUAAUUGUCCACUGCAAACAUGGAGUAAAACAAUCUCCUGGUUCUGUUUUGGAGAGGAGCUAAAAUGUGCCUGGUAUCCAGGUCAAUAUUUGCUCCUUCAACCAAUAUCUGAUGAUCUGACUGUUAUCACAUUGCUGUUUUAGCUGCUAGACUUCCGACAUUACAACAAUAGAACAGAACAGAGUCCCUACAGUUUGGCAACUGUUCGCACUUCAUCAGCACUUCUUUGGUUGUGAAGUCUUUCAGAGCAUUCUGAAGUCAAGCCUUCAUUGAAAUAUUUUAUUUUCUCCACACUGUUUCAUUGUUUCUAUCCCCCAAGGUGCUCUGUGCCAUUACCUUGCAAUUUCACAGCCAAAUCUCAAUGAUGAGAUUGCUGACGUGUACUCGCCAGUGUGGACAAAGUCGAGUUCCUCCUGCCCUGGUUGUAAAAAACAAAACUGCUCUCUAACUCACUCCCAUCUUCAUAAUACAGUAACUACUCCUUUAGCUCAGCAUUCACUUUCCUUGCUCCUGCAAAGUGCCUUGGGAUAUGUGUCCACAUUCAAGGUGCUAUAUAAAUGUAAGUAGCUGAGGUAGGCUGGGGAUGAAGUGAUUAUUAUACUAGAAGUCAAUUUAUUGACCUGUUUAAUGGGUUCAAAGCACACAGUUCUUGCAUGGUUUACUUCUCCAAGUUGUACUCUCCUACAAAAGAUAGCUUUACCCAUUUCCCUGCUUUACCUAUUCCCCUGCAGACACGUCAACUCUUUCAUAUCUUUUAUUGGGGGAGGGGGGGAGGGGGGGUACACAUUUGUGAAUCACCUUCCUGAGACCAAGCCAAACCUGUGAUCUGACUGUUGCAGAAUCAUCAGAUGGAUUGACUUUACAUCAAGAAAUAUCUGACCAGAUCAACAUGAGGGUAUUUUUGGUAAAAAUCUAAUCUAGAGAUUCAAAUAAAGAACAGUUUAAGUAAGAAAAGGUUGUAAGGAUCUGGGAAGAGUUGGGAGGUCUGUAUGUUUUGAUAAUGCAUGUUAUUUGCUUGGAAAAAGCUUCUUAAUUGUGUGGAGUCCUGAUAUCAUCAAAGGUUAAUCAGCUGGUGAUGUCAUGAAUAUAAUUGGGAAAAAAAUUUACAGAAUUCUUCAAAUCAUGAAGCUGUUGGAGCAUUGACAUAGAGUGAAAUUUAUUUUCUGUGUUACAGAGCUUUGAAAUUACACACAUUGGAAACAGUACUCAUUCUGUUUUUAACCUGUAACUUCCUUUGCUGUAAUACAUGCAACA